UGUGCAAACUUGUCCCAGUGUACUUUUUAGCCAUUCAAGAAGACCGAACUCAUCCGAAACGGGAUCAACUCAAGUUUAUUUGAUGUUUCACUAUUUUUUUGUUUACUGCUAAUUAGUGCUAAUUCUAUUUAAAUUUGCUAUAAGUUCUUUAACCGGUUUUAACCAACUGUGCUUUGUUUUUAAUAGUUUACUAUUUCUGUUUGCCUUGCUUUUUGGGCUUGUGUUCUUCUAAUAUCUUGUAUUUACCUUUGGAUUUGGUUUAUUUAAUGGUCAAUUUCAUUCUUAUCUUACAUUCUAUUUUUUAGUUUAUUUGGUGUUUGAACUUCAUUUGCGUUAGGUGUUUUUUUUACGAUUUUCCGUGUUGGUUCAUUUACUAAGCUGUUCUUAAUUUUGUCUAUUAAUUUUUUUCUUCCUGUUGUUGACUGGAGUUAGUGGUUCAUUUCAUUCAUAAAUAUUAUAAUAUUGGGUAUGCUACUUUGCCCCUUCAAUGCAAUAUGAUUUUCCAUUUCUUUUAUUUUUCUGGUUUCAUUUUUUUUUUCCUGUGACUUAUGAUAAUUUUAUAUUUUUGAUCUUUUCAUAAUCUUUUAAAUUCUAUUUAAUCCGUGCUUGCAGAUAUUAUUCCUUUAGAUUUUUCUGUUUAUCUAGCUCUUCUCCUUGUUCCUUGUUUUUUUUAGGAACAUUUUUGUGACAAGCUCCUUUAUUAUUUCAGGCAUUAAUUCCAAAUCAGGUAUACCAACCCUUUGGUCAAUUGCAGGGUAUGCGGUUUAUAUGGCAAACGGGUGGGUGGGGCAUCAUUUGGCAACAAAAGCAACCCACCGACGUCUGUGGAGCACACUGCCCAGGUGCAAAUGUGUUUGUGCGGCAUUAUGGCACCUGAGUCACUCAUCUUGGCAGUCCAAUCCAGUCCAGGAGGGAGCCAUGGCUUAAAAGCAACUCCCCCCAGACGAUGGCAGCUCAUUUGCCCACCAUUAGCCAAAUGCAGUCCACACAGAUCUCACACCUGCUGCUCCUGCUCCUCCUGUUUUUACUCUUUUUCCUGGACAAAUCUCGAGGGGAUGUCAACCGACACCUGCUGGAUCAGAUCAGCCAGGUGGGAUUCGUUAAUCUCCUGGAUCAGGCCACGCGACCCAAUGUGCCCCAGGAUCUCUCGAUUUACGACUUCAUUGUGGUGGGAGCCGGAGCAGCUGGUAGCUCCUUGGCCGCCCGUCUCUCUGAGAAUCCCCAGUGGAGUGUGGCCCUCAUCGAGGCUGGGGGCGUGGAGAACAUAGCCCAUCUGGUGCCUGUGCUGGCUGGUUAUCUGCAGCAGACAUCCUCGAACUGGGGCUACAAGUCGGUGCCCCAGAAGCUCUCCUGCCACGGCAUGCACAAUCGCGAGUGUGCCCUGCCGAGGGGAAAAGUUCUGGGCGGGACCAGUUCCAUCAACUACAUGAUCUACAAUCGGGGCAAUCGAAGGGACUUCGAUGGCUGGGCGGCAGCUGGAAAUCCCGGCUGGAGUUACGACGAAGUAUUACCCUAUUUCCUGAGGAGUGAGCAUGCCCAGCUGCAGGGAUUGGAGCACUCUCCGUAUCACAAUCACAGUGGUCCCUUGAGUGUGGAAUAUGUGCGGUUUCGAUCCCAGAUGGUGCAUGCUUUCGUGGAGGCCUCCGUGGAAUCGGGACUGCCGCGCACCGACUACAAUGGCGAGUCCCAGUUCGGGGUUUCCUAUGUCCAGGCCACCACGCUGAAUGGCAGAAGGCACUCGGCCUAUGCGGCCUACUUGAAACCAGUGAGGGAUCUCCGCCCAAACCUGCACAUUUUCACCUUUGCCCGAGUGACCCGAAUACUGAUCGAUGAGGCUACGAAAUCCGCUUACGGCGUGGAGUUUCACUACAAAAAUAAAGCCUACACAUUCAAGGCUCGCAAGGAGGUGAUCCUAUCAGCGGGGGCCUUCAACUCACCGCAACUACUGAUGCUGUCGGGUAUUGGACCGGCAGAUAACCUCAAGGCUAUAGGAAUACCCCUCAUCAAAGAGCUGCCAGUGGGCAAGAGGAUGUACGAUCACAUGUGCCACUUUGGACCCACUUUUUUGACCAAUACAACGGAUCAAACGACCUUCACUGCGAAGAUCACAAUCGCUGAGAUCGUGUCCUACCUCCUGGCCGGAAAUCCAUCCACCAGAUUGAGUUCCAUUGGUGGCGUAGAGGCCUUGGCCUUCCUCAAAACGCAGCGAUCAAAGCUGCCCAAAGAUUGGCCAGAUAUCGAGUUGAUUAUGGUCCUCGGCAGUUUGGCGAGUGACGAGGGCACUGGCCUCAAGCUGGGUGCCAAUUUCAAGGACGAAAUAUACGACAAGAUGUACGGGGAACUGGCGCAGACUCAACAGGAUCACUUCAGCCUGCUGGUCAUGCAAUUCCAUCCCCAGUCAGUGGGUCGUAUUUGGCUGAGGGAUCGCAAUCCGCUGAGCUGGCCCAUGAUCGAUCCCAAGUACUUUGUGGCCGAGGAGGAUGUGGAAUUUCUUCUGGAUGGCAUCAAGGCCAGUCUGCGGAUCACACAGAUGCCAGCCAUGCAGAGGAUUGGGGCGAGAUUGCUGAGGAAACCGGUGCCGGGAUGUGAGAGUCACGAGUUCGCCUCGGAUGAUUACUGGAGGUGUUCGAUUAGGACGCUAUCCUACACACUGCAUCACCAGGUGGCCACCUGUCGCAUGGGUCCCGAAAGCGAUCCCACAACCGUGGUCAAUCACCAGCUGAAGGUGCACGGAAUGAGGAGGCUGCGGGUGGUGGACACCAGUGUGAUCCCAGUGCCACCCACCGCCCACACCAAUGCGGCGGCAUUUAUGAUCGGCGAAAAGGCGGCGGACAUGAUUCGUUUCGAUUGGAGUUGAUUUAAUUCAAAUACCAUUAAAAAAAUUCAUCCAAAAGCAUCCAUUAUCAGCUUCAUAUUUAGGGAUUUCUUAAAUUAAUAUAGGCAGUCCAAAUAAAUUACUUUGCACUUUAUUUUAAGUUAGCACUGAUAAGUCUAGAACAUACAAGUACCAAGAAUUUAAUAAAACCACCGUAAGAGAUAUGAAAAUUCCAUGUUUAAGCGGAGGAUAGAGCCAUUAAUAAACUAAUAAAAUACAAGCUCGUUGUAUUCAAUAUGCGUGUUCAAAGCCAUUAUAACUCCCUUGGCGUAGCAACAUUCAAAGAAAAUUCUCAUUAAAGGAUUGUCGAUAUUGUAUUAAGUUAUUAUAUCGUUUGCAAAAAAGGCAGAAGAAGUGAAGAGUAAACGCUGCUUUUAGUCCCCAGUUUUUGUUUGACUUGGUAAGUUAAUUAAAUAGAAUUACCUUAACGAGUCGAGCGAGUUGCAUUUGGGUUUUAUUUUCUUUUUUUUUGGGGUUGGCGACACUCGGUGGGUGGGGGAGGGGGUUUUGUCGAGGGGUUGGGGGCACCCCUAGGGGUUGGCCAGAGUGCAUUAACCCAUGCCCGCACAAGCACACGGGGGUUGAAAAGUUUGGCUCUAGGCACAGAAGGCGAAAAACAGUCGGGAACGUAGGCAAAAUGGCAACAUAGAGUACGAAACACAAAACACAAAACAUCAGGGGGUGGUUUGCCUUCGCCGGGAUGCUGGGGAUGGAUGGUGGGUGGGUGGUUGCAUACAAGUGGUUAUCACUGUCCUAGGCUUCCGCGUCCUUGUUGUUGCUGUGUGUGAAAAAUUCAAUAUGCAUCAGGGAGUUCUCUGUGCCGCCGGAGGAAGUCUUCCGGCCCCAGGGCCACACAGUAGAUACCAAAGAUUGCACGGGAAAAAACAAUGAAAUAAAUAUGAUCUAUAUCUCUUUUGAAUUAUACACAAUACUUCCAAUGGUAUCCUAAAAUCUGCUAUUAUA